GUUGCCAGGCGCUCGGUCGUAGGUGUGGACGACUGAGCGAUACUGCAAAUGUUGGUAUCGUACUCGGAGAAGGCGCACGUAUCUGCCGUAUCGAGGACACCGACAAAUAAAGAUGUCAGACACAAUGGGUCGCUCUUCUUCUGUCUCCUCCAUUUCCCUGCUUGAGGUCAAAGCUGAGAGUCGUCUGGUCCUCCAAGCUUUCCUCCAGCGAACCCUUACUGUCCCGUUUGGAGAUAGGCCUGGCUGGGUAGGAGGAACCUACAAGGAUCACGACCGGUACAGUGUUGGUGUCAAACCAAAAGUAAAAGAUCAAGGUCAUGCUGAGGCUGAAGAUGAAAACUCACCGGACGAGAAGAAGAGUGGACUUAAAAACUUCAUAAAGCAGCUGCCCCGACGUAAUAGUCCACGCUCUUCUGCCAAGGACGGGAAAGGUUCUCUGGAAAAGGACGGCAAGCUCAAAGCACCUAAUGUCAGAGAGCUGUCAGACGAAGACAUUUUAUCUUCUUCCUCUUCAUCAGAAGAUGACAAGAGUGAGAAGAAACAGACCAAACUCAGCAAAAAGAUCAGGAGAAAGAUGUCCAAGUUUUUCAAGUUAAAGGUAGAAAAGGACAAAGAGAAGGAAAAAGAGGGAAAUGUAUCUCUGCCUAAUAGGCCUUCCAUACUGAAACUUGACAAAACAGUCGAGUCACCACUACCAAACCUUGUUUCUCCAAAUCACCCGCCAGACUUCUACGAUGAAGUUGCACAGAAGCUGGAGAGGAUUGCCACCAGUACAAAAAGACUGAGUCCCACUCCUCAGACUUCCUUGGAUGUGCAUGACAACGAAUUGGUGGUGCAGCAGCUGGUUGAAGUGUUGUCUGUAGAGGGAGAUUCUAUAAACAAUAAGAUCCAAAUGGACCCCUUUCUCCGCUCCAGUUUGGCUCGCCUAUCGUACAACUCCUUCGCUAUCCUUCUGGACACGGUCAGCCGCACUCAGGUAGUAGAAGCUCCAGUCCUCCUUCCAGCGGAGAGUCCAACAUUGCGGCGCAUUGCUGUCACGAUGGAGGUGUCAAGGCGAAUCGUGACAGCUACUGGUGCCCAGCGCAUGCAAGAUUUCGCACAGAACUACAUGGAAAACUUUGCCCCCUGGGUCAAGCAUCAGGGAGGAUGGGAGAACGUGGCAGAAAUGAAGGAUCCCAUGGAAUAUGACUGACUUCUCCAGGAGUUUGACAACACAAGGAGGCUUUGGUGGUAUCGAUUUUCUAUUACUGUGAAUUCAUAGUCGAAUCAGUUCACAAAAUGCAUUAAUCAAGGAUGGAUUACGAGGUGAGAGUGCACUCUCCUUACGAACGAACGAAAGCAUCCUGGCCAAGCGUAAAAUGCUCAGAAUGUGUGGCUGCCUAGAGAUGCUUGAUCAACUCUCCAGUUUCUAUGCAAGCAGGUGUUUAAUAGUCACAGUAUUAAUAACAGUACAGUAUAGUAGUUUUAGCAGAACAGUGCCCAUGUGAAGUCAUUUCACAACUGCAUUAUGUUUUUAUAUUGUGUGAUAGAUAACAUGUAUUAAAUUAUUCCUUGUGUACAGUGUGCACAGUUGCACUCAAAAUUAUUCAACCAGCCGUGCCUUUAAAAGUAUAUACAGUACAGGCCAAAAGUUUGGACACACCUUCUCCUCAUUCAAUGAGUUUCUUUUAUUUUCAUGACUAUUUACCGUAUUUUUCGGACUAUAGGUCGCGGUUUUUUUCAUAGUUUGGCCGGGGGUGCGACUUAUACUCAGGAGCGACUUAUGUGUGAAAUUAUUAACACAUUAGGGUAAAAUAUCAAAUAAUAUUAUUUAGCUCAUUCACGUAAGAGACUAGACGUAUAAGAUUUCAUGGGAUUUAGCGAUUAGGAGUGACAGAUUGUUUGGUAAACGUAUAGCAUGUUCUAUAUGUUAUAGUUAUUUGAAUGACUCUUACCAUAAUAUGUUACGUUAACAUACCAGGCACGUUCUCAGUUGGUUAUUUAUGCCUCAUAUAACAUACACUUAU